AUGUCACUAUUCCACCCUGGCUUCACCCUCGCAAAGCCACCGACUGUCUUCCGGUAUAUCAAUCUUGCAGCAUACUCCCCGCUACUCGCGAUUGUAGGCAUCACACUUCUAGUGCCGAUCAAGGAUCUUACAAACAUAUGCCUCAUAAACCACUUCCAUUGCAAUUUUGUGUCAUCUCAAACCCACCAAAAGAAAAUGCGAACUCCAGCUCCUUCGGUGCUCGACACGAGCCACAAGUUCUACAAGUAA